AUGUUAUUGAAUGCAACUAUAAUCAUCGAUUCCAAACCAGAGAAGGUGAGAGAAAUUUUCUUAGAUUUCAGGAAACACUCACAAUGGAAUCCAUUUUUCACUGACGUCAGAAUUUACACUCCUGGUGUAACGAGUCCUCUGCCGGGAACUCAAUUAGAAAUUAAAAUGAAACUAAAUGGUGGAAAUGAAAACAUAAUGUAUCCAAUUGUGUUGGAGAAUAACUCAAGUUCUUUCAAAUGGAAAGGUAACUUGCUUUUUGAUUUUAUGUUCGUCGGCGUACACUCUUUUGAAUUUAUUCCAUUAGAGAUAGAUGGCCAAACUAGAACAAAAUUAGUUCAGUCUGAAGAUUUCAGUGGGAUUUUAUCUUAUGUUUUUGAAUGGACGGGUUUGAAGGAUAAAACUGAAAAGGGUUUCAAUGAACUUAAUCGAGCUUUAAAGAUUCAGGUAGAGCAAGAUAAUUAA